AUGUCGACCUCGGUGCCUUUCAUCAUCCUUCCAGUGACAGAACCACCAGCAACUGUUCAGAAUCCUCAAACCGGCACAUACGAAAGCAUCCUCUCUAUCGAUGGAAAGCCUAUAGUAACCGUGACGGUAUUGAUGCCAUACGCUGCAUCGGGCUUCUCGUACAACAGACAAGUGGUGGCUCCCAAUGCACCUCCGAUCACCGUCGAUGGUUUUGUUCUGUCAGCGCACUUGAACCCGAAUCAGAUUCAAUUCGUAGCUCCUGCUACACCAGCCGUCCCCACCCCAGAUCCCACACCAGACCCCUCCACUGAUGCGGCAACCACGUCUAAUACUGCACGCGUGUCGGUUCCUACAUCGACAUCGAACAAAACUACCGGCCCAACUCCCACAACAGCUUCGCUGCCAGCAACCGCUGACUCGGGACUUGGGACGGGUGCAAUCGCUGGUAUUGCAGUUGGCUGCCUUGUUGCCGGUGCCUUGCUCGCUGGAUUCAUCCUGUGGUUCUGCUGGCGCAAAAGAAGACAGCCAAAGAAUCAUUAUCCUCAACCAGAUACGUAUGCGUUAGCUUCGCAGGAGAAAGGGUUCUCCGCCAACACUAUACCGUUAGCCGGAAAACUAUCAUCCGGAGCUGCUUUGGGUGGUGGACUUCCUCAGCCUUUGGAAGACAAAGCCAUCUCUGGCGAUGUUUCGAAAAUCAGCAAUGCCAUCAAGAAUCACGUCCAGAGUUACUACCACACCAGCCGUGUCAACCCUGGUCUCAUCGAUUAUGAGGACCUACAGGCACUAGGACCAGGUCUACCAGUCUCCGUAGGAACGCUCACUACAUUGAUUGGAAAUGCUGCAACUCGAGAGAUUGCGCUAAGGUUUAUCAUCGCCUGGGUGAUCGUAUCGAAACUUCAACCCUCCAAAGAUCCCUCAAAGAGCCUCUUGCCGUCCGAAGUCGCGCAAUGUUACCAAGCCGUCGCAACUGGAGAUCGUGGCUUUCAAGCUCAAACAUCAUUGAUGGCGCGCUGGCGGGUCAUGACUGCGGAGUUGAUGCAGGCUAGCUACAUUCGCAAUCCCUUCGGUCCUUCCGACAGUCGACAUGCAAGCAUACAGGCAACGCUUGCAACAUUAGACAACGUUCUGCAGCCAUACGCGGACUCUCGCAUGAACAACGGAGAGCGCAAGCGAAAUCUUGAGGAAGUGCUGAAGCGGGCUGCGCUCUUUGCUUUCACGCUGUUUUCCCAGCCUAGCGCAUGGGAAUUUGAGUGGCAGGAGGAAGAAGGUGUCACGUCAGGGGACCUGUGCAUUUUCCCCGCUCUUGUGCAAGUAGCGGACGAGGCUGGCCAUCCAGUUAGUCCGCCGCGGCCUUUCAGUGAGGCUGUGGUGAGACGGUUGGAUGCAUGA